CUUCCUGAUAUGUUGACGUCACUCAAGCAACACGACGCGCGUGUGAGACGGCGAGGAAAGAGCGUGUUUAAAUCAUAUUAAAAUGCAGAUCUGCAGCGUGUGCAGUGAACAGACACCAAAGUACAAAUGUCCGGUCUGCAAAAUAAGAUACUGCUCGGUCAGUUGCUACAAGAACCACAAAGAUGAGUGCCUGCCUGUGAAACAGACGGCGUCUCCUGCAUUGGCGCCAGAUUUUAAGGCUACACAUCACUGUGAUGGAAACUGGUCUGUUGAGGAUCUCUUGGAUGAAGACGAUCAGUCUGACAGAGUGCCAUUACAGAGGCUAAAAGAAUUGGGUGAAUCAAAGGAAUUGAAGGCACUGCUGUGCAAUCCGCACCUCAGACAACUGCUUCUCACUGUAGACCAAGCUGACAAUAAAGCGGACAUCAUGAAAGUUGCCAUGCAGGAACCCCUGUUUGUGGAAUUUGCCGACCAGUGCCUGAAAAUUGUUGAGCCAAUUACGGAAGAGAACAUUUGUCCAAUGAUUUAGCCAUCCAUAAAUCCAUGCAUCAUACAUUGGCCAGGUUGUACUGUAAUACAGGUAUAUUGUUGUAAAUAUUAUUUUAUGGUUUGAUUAAAAUUUUGUAAACCUUUGGCAUUAAA